GUAAAAGAUAAAAUUGUGCAAAGAAAUGAUGAUGGUGUAACAAAGUGCAUUUAUAUGAUUAUUAAUGAUUCAGUACAAAAACCACAAUAUCUCCUUGAUACGAUUAAAACGCAGCGUGCAGGCGCAACACACACACAUACUAACACGCGAGCGUGGUGCAAAAAGCUACAAAUUGUAUAUUAAAAAAGUGCUUCAUUACAACAUAUAAAACCAAAAAGUGCUAAUUGGUAACAACAAAAACGGAGAGAAAAGGAAAAUUAUUUUGUUUAAAUAAACUAAAAAUAAAUCAUUUAACAAAAUGGGCAAACUUCUGAGUCUGCUAUCACGCGACGACUCAAAUUGUUGCGCUGCAAAAUCUUAUGAUGUUUUUCUGGACUUCGAGAAUGCCGCGCCCACAGAAACAGAACGUGCUGUCUACGAGGAAGUGGAGCGCGUGCUGAAGGAAUCGGAAGUGGUGCUCGAGGAGAUACAAAUUUACAAGGGGGCUGGAAAAGAAAUACGUGAAGCCAUAGCCGAUCCCUCAACCGAAUGCCAGGCCAAAGCGUGGUCCGCCGUCCUGCCCCUGGUCAUUAAGCUGAAACGUUGCUACGAACACUCUAUGGAAUUGGAUAAAAUAGUGCCGAUGCUAUUGGGCCAACUGGUUGGCGGCAAACUGAAUCCUACGCAGCACUUGGAAACACAACAGGCGUUGGUCAAGCAGCUGGCCGAGAUUUUAGAAUUUGUAUUGAAAUUCGAUGAGUACAAGAUGAAAACACCCGCCAUACAGAACGAUUUCAGUUACUACAGACGCAUUGUGAGCCGUCAGCGGAUCGAUUCCACCGAGAAUAUGCUAGUCAGCACCGAAUUGGCCAAUCGGAUGUCGCUAUUCUAUGCGCAUGCCACGCCCAUGUUGAAGGUGUUAAGUGAGGCGACCUCAAAGUUUGUGAACGACAAUGCGGACGAUGUGCAAAAUACGACGGAAACGUUGGGUACCAUGGCCAAGGUGUGCCUCAGAAUGCUGGAGAAUCCUAAAUUGCUGCAACAAAUCGAGCGAGAGGAGACACAAAUGCUGGUGCUGCGCGUUAUGGUGGGACUCGUCAUACUCUACGACCAUGUGCAUCCUGUGGGGGCGUUUGCCCGCGGGGCACAUGUCGACGUGAAGGGAUGUGUGCGUCUGCUGCAGGCACAGCCGGCGAUCAAGGCGGAGCCGCUGCUCAACGCCCUCCGCUAUACUACCAAACACUUAAACGAGGAGAAUACGCCGAAGAAUAUACGCAAUAUGUUGGCCGCAUAAUGUUGGGCUUGGAGGAGCGACCACAGGAAUAGGGAUAAACCAGUACACCAAUCUACCAUGCCCAUGCCCAGAACUUUUUCUAUAUGUGUUAAGCUACUGUUAAAUGUUUUCAUCUUUAAUUUAUUUCGUAAGAGAAUUUAUGUUUAAACUUUUUUUAUUUUUGUGUGCGCGCAUAAAGUGGGAGGCAGCCUUUAGUUAUAUUUUAUGCAAAUUCCAUUUUACCGCUCAUUUUUAAUGUUUCCCCGAUUGUUAAUAACGAAGAGAAAAUAAGGAAUAACCUGCGCCUCCCCAAUUGCAAACUGAAACGUUUAAAUAUCAAAACACAACAUUUAGUUCAUAGUUUAGCACUAGUUGUAGGUAAAAAGUGAGAUAAUGAGGACGAGGAUGAGGAUGCACAGAUACGAGUAUAAAGAAAAUUUCUAUAAAAUUAUGUAAUUUAGCGCAAAAGAAACAAAAUCCUAAAUUCCACACUACAGAGAUUAUUAUAAAUAUCUACAUAUAAACAAAUACAUUUUAAAUCAAAUUUAGCCUAUUUUUUGGUACAUGGCCAGCCGACGAGUUGUGGUAGUAAAAAUAAUGAUGUAAAAAUAAAUAAAGGCUUGGUGCCAGUAUUUUAUUAUAAACAAUUAACCUAUAAAUCCGUAAAGCAGACUUAACUCCAAACAACUAAAAACAAACCACACACAGAAGCAGAUGCAUUUAUAUUUUGCACGUCGCAACACAAAAACUGAUAAACAAAUUUUAUAACCAUAUUGAACAAGUUCAUAAAGGAAGGACAAACAAAACAAAAACUGCGCAAUAUUCUUACAUUUUAAGAUAUACAAAUCUAAAAUUUAUAAAAAUUUAUGAUGGUUAAUAUUUCUACCAAAAAUUAAAAGGCAGAACCUUAUACAAACGACACGCAAACUAAGUGCAGAUUUAUACGAUAUAAGUAUUUAUAAAGAAAGAAAUGCAAAUACUAGAAAUGCUGAAUGGGAAUAAAUAUCACGCAACAACAA